AUGGUGGCUUAUGUCUCAUCUCCGGCGGCAGUCCAUCAUCCCCUCAAAAGAGUCUCUCUCUGUCGAUCCUCGUCACCAGCGAGGUUGCCAUCAGCACGUUCAUCUGCCAUCAGACCAGGAAAAGACAAGGCUCUGAUACCAACUGACUAUGCCCAUUUGGCCCCCUGGCGGUCCAAACAAGCCAUAAAGGCUUCAGCAAUCAGUUUUACAUCACUCAGCACUUUUGACAUUGCCGAGGACGCAGCCAUGGCAUAUGAUCGUGAGGCCUUUAAGUUGAGAGGUGAGAACGCUAGGCUCAAUUUCCCCGAACUCUUCCUUAAUAAAGACAAAGACACAGCUGCAGCAUCAGCAGUAUCAACAGAACCUAGUUCAUCCUCUUCUUCUCCUCCUACUCCCCACGAAAGUUCAAUGCCAAGCCAGAACUCGAAGCAGCCUCAGCAAGCUCCUGAAGGCCUUGAUUUGCAGGCCUCCAAUACAGAAUCACUGCCACCUACUCGAGGAGAUAGUGUCGGUGAUGAUACCAGAUUGGGAUCGAGUGAAGCCACGGCAAGUGAUGGAGUUGAGGUGGUUGCAGGAGGUUCUGGUGCAGGGGAAGGUAGUUUGGAGUCGACAGAAUUGGUUUGGGAUGAAAUGGCAGAGGCUUGGUUCAAUACAAUUCCAGCAGGUUGGGUCCAGGAAUUUCAUGACUCUGAUCCGCAGAAGCAACAAGCCAAUUUUGGUUCAGCUCCGUCCUCCUCAUCUUCAUCAACCAUGAAGCCCUUCUUCUGGAAGGACAGGAAUGAAUAG